AUGCUGUUUACGGUGAAACUACUCGGUGGGAAGGACGAUACGGCGACUAUUGAGCUUUUACCUGAUAUACAAGUACGGCAUCUGAAAAUGAAAAUCGCCGAUGAAAUGCUUCUCCCGUAUGGUUCGUUCAAGGUUUUGAAUGCGGGCAAACCACUUCUUGAUGACGACUCGCAACUUCUCCCAGCUGGCUUGAAGGAAGGUGCCAAAUUGACGGUUGUAAUUAAUACUGGAGAUAUGGUUGGGCCGUGCAAGGCUGAUUCGGAUUCACUGAUGGAGAUUCGUGUGAAGGCGAUUCUAGGCGAUUCAGCAACUCCUCUCAAUAACCUUCGCUUACGAAAGGUAUGGCUUCACGUGAUGUUGCAGACGUUCGCUGCUAGAGUAUGUUUUAUUAGGUCCCGUUUUACUCUAGUAACUAAUAAAGGAGCGACUUACAUGGAGACCAUUUCGAAUUGA